GACGUUACAGUUUCCGACACCUUCUUUUUAUAACUCGGCUCUAUCCCCCAGCACUCGACCUGUGAAAACCACGCCUAUGCAGCAACACAAUUGGUCCGAAAGCGUCAAAGAGCCAAUCAAGAGGCCUCCGGCUCCCCGCAGCCCACAGCACAGCCCGACCUUCUAGAGCCGCCGUGCAGACGCCCGGGGAAUUCUAGAGGCGGAGGAGGGUGGCGCGGAGCUCUCGCUCGCUCGCUCUCGCUCCCUCCCUUUCCUCGCGCUCCCUCUCCCGCUCCGUCCCUCUCUCCCUCUCUCCGGUCUCUCCCUCUCUCUCCCUCUCUCUCUCCCCCUCUCCCCUGUUCAUUCCCCCCACUCAAUCCUCCCUGCCCUGCGCGUCUGGACGCAGAUUUAGGAAGCGAUUUCGCUCACGUUUUAGGACAAGGAAGACAGGCGCGGGAGAGGAGCGCCGCGGGACUCGGAUUGCAACCCAGGACACCCUCCGGAGGCUCGGAGCAGAGGAAGGAGGAGGAGGGCGGACGGAAGCCAGUUUGCAGUUCAAGUUUUGAUAGCGCUGGUAGAAGAGAGCUUGAAUCAGAGAUUUUUUUUUUUUUUUUUUAAAGGCGAGAGACUUUUCCGCUCUCUCGCUCGCUGGCGGAGCCGGGUCUAGCGCUACAGCAGACGCCUCCAGCGAGAGAGAGGAGAGGAGAGAGACGGGGGGGGGCGGGGAACAAGGAGAAGAGAAGGUAAAAAGUCUCUCGGAGCUGAGUCGUCCGCAAUCGCAACAAAGAACCGGGGGCCGGGGAGCGAUUCCUGGGACCGGGGGCUGAAGUGUCGAUUCGGCUAAGCGGCGGCGCUCGGGCGCCAGUGAGACCCUGCUCGCUGCUCUCGCCUGUGAAACCGACUUCCAGGAGCGGCUUUUUAAAAAACGCAAGGCACAAGGACAGUCACCCAAGCGACUAUGUCUCCUGAUUUCUCGCCUUGCCCUCUUUAAAAGAGGCAUUCCCCCUUCCCCAAAAGACACUUCCCCCCCUUCCCUAGGGUGCUUUAGUUGUGACUCCCCCCCCCUUUUUUUUCUUUCUUUCUUUCUUUUUUUUUUUUUUUUUUCUUUCUCAAACUAUGUGCUGCUGUUAAAAACCAAAACAAAACCAAACAGCAGCUGCGGACUUGUCCCCGGCUGGAGCCCAGCGCCCCGCCUGGAGUGGAUGAGCCUCUCCAUGAGAGAUCCGGUCAUUCCUGGGACAAGCAUGGCCUACCAUCCGUUCCUACCUCACCGGGCGCCGGACUUCGCCAUGAGCGCGGUGCUGGGUCACCAGCCGCCCUUCUUCCCCGCGCUGACGCUGCCUCCCAACGGCGCGGCGGCGCUCUCGCUGCCGGGCGCCCUGGCCAAGCCGAUCAUGGAUCAAUUGGUGGGGGCGGCCGAGACCGGCAUCCCUUUCUCGUCCCUGGGGCCCCAGGCGCAUCUGAGGCCUCUGAAGACCAUGGAGCCCGAAGAAGAGGUGGAGGAUGACCCCAAGGUGCACCUCGAGGCCAAAGAACUUUGGGAUCAGUUCCACAAGCGGGGCACCGAGAUGGUCAUUACCAAGUCGGGAAGGCGAAUGUUUCCUCCAUUUAAAGUAAGAUGUUCUGGGCUGGAUAAAAAAGCCAAAUAUAUUCUAUUGAUGGACAUUAUAGCUGCUGAUGACUGUCGAUAUAAAUUCCAUAAUUCUCGGUGGAUGGUGGCUGGUAAGGCUGACCCUGAAAUGCCAAAGAGAAUGUACAUUCACCCAGACAGCCCGGCUACCGGGGAACAGUGGAUGUCCAAAGUUGUCACUUUCCACAAACUGAAACUCACCAACAACAUUUCGGACAAACACGGAUUUACUUUGGCCUUCCCAAGUGAUCACGCAACGUGGCAGGGGAAUUAUAGUUUUGGUACUCAGACCAUAUUGAACUCCAUGCACAAAUACCAGCCACGGUUCCACAUUGUGAGGGCCAAUGACAUCUUGAAACUUCCUUAUAGUACAUUUCGGACAUACUUGUUCCCCGAAACUGAGUUCAUCGCCGUGACAGCAUACCAGAAUGACAAGAUAACUCAGUUAAAAAUAGACAACAACCCUUUUGCAAAAGGUUUCCGGGACACUGGAAAUGGCAGGAGAGAAAAAAGAAAACAGCUCACCCUGCAGUCUAUGAGGGUGUUCGAUGACAGACAGAAGAAGGAAAAUGGGACCUCAGAUGAGUCCUCAAGCGAACAGGCAGCCUUUAACUGCUUUGCUCAGUCCUCGUCUCCAGCUGUCUCCACCGUAGGGACAUCGAACCUCAAAGAUCUGUGUCCCAGCGAGGGGGAGAGCGACGCCGAGGCCGACAGCAAAGACGAGCACUGCCCGGAGGCCUGCGACGCGGCCAAGAUCACCACCACCACGUCGGAGGAGCCGCGCCGCGACAAGGGCAGCCCCGCGGUCAAGGCGCACCUCUUCGCCGCCGAGCCCGGCGGCCGGCCCCGGGACAGCGGGCGGCUGGACAAGGCGUCGCCCGACUCGCGCCACAGCCCGGCCACCAUCUCGUCCAGCACCCGCGGCCUGGGCGCCGAGGAGCGCCGGAGCCCGGGCCGCGAGGGCGCGGCCACGUCCAAGGCCGAGGAGGCGCGCGCGCUGCCGGGCAAGGAGGCCUUCGCGCCGCUCACGGUGCAGACGGACGCGGCCGCCGCGCACCUGGGCCAGGGCCCCCUGCCGGGCCUCGGCUUCGCCCCCGGGCUGGCGGGUCAGCAGUUCUUCAACGGGCACCCUCUCUUCCUGCACCCCGGCCAGUUCGCCAUGGGGGGCGCCUUCUCCAGCAUGGCGGCCGGCAUGGGGCCCCUGCUGGCCACCGUGUCCGGGGCCUCCACCGGCGUCUCGGGCCUGGAUUCCACCGCCAUGGCCUCCGCGGCCGCGGCGCAGGGACUGUCGGGGGCGUCGGCGGCCACCCUGCCCUUCCACCUCCAGCAGCACGUCCUGGCCUCGCAGGGCCUGGCCAUGUCGCCUUUCGGAAGCCUGUUCCCUUACCCCUACACGUACAUGGCCGCGGCGGCGGCCGCGUCUUCGGCCGCGGCCUCCAGCUCGGUGCACCGACACCCCUUCCUCAACCUGAACACCAUGCGCCCGCGGCUGCGCUACAGCCCCUACUCCAUCCCCAUGCCGGUCCCGGACAGCAGCGGCCUGCUCACCACCGCCCUGCCGUCCAUGGCCGCGGCCGCGGGGCCCCUGGACGCCAAAGCCGCCGCGCUGGCCGCCAGCCCGGCCUCGGUGGCCGUGGACUCAGGCUCGGAACUCAACAGCCGCUCCUCCACGCUUUCCUCCAGCUCUGUGUCCUUGUCGCCCAAACUCUGCCCGGAGAAGGAGGCGGCCACCAGCGAACUGCAGAGCAUUCAGCGGUUGGUCAGCGGCUUGGAGGCCAAGCCGGACAGGUCCCGCAGCGGGUCCCCGUAAAGCCCUCCCUAGAAAAAAAAUCUCUUCAUUCCAGUC